GGCGUUGUGGGACUCGCCAUCGCUCAACGAUUGACUCAAAAGUUUCCUCGGAAGACAACACUUCUUCUUGAGAGGCAUAGAAAAGCGGGAGAGGAAACGAGCUCGCGGAAUUCAGAAGUUAUACAUUCAGGACUCUACUACCCCCCAGAUUCACUCAAAACGAGGCUAUGCCUUCGUGGACGCGAUCUCUUAUACGAGCGGUGCAGGGCGUACAAUAUACCACACCUUCGGACUGGCAAACUCGUCGUCGCCAAGCAGGAUCAGCUGCCUUAUAUUGAAAAGCUUCAUGCGAAGUCUCUGAAGCUUCAGUGGCCCCCUCAUUCGCCCCCUUCGUCCAGCAAUGACUUUGUUCUUUCAACAGAGCUUCUCUCUGGCGAGCAAGCAAAGGCGAUGGAACCGAAUCUCAGCGAUGACAUCAUUGCUGCGUUGUGGUGCCCACAAACUGGUAUCAUAGACUCACAUUCACUAAUGGAGAGUCUGGAGAAAGACAUUCUAGACUCUGAGGGUGGUGAACUCAUCUACUCAACGCGCGUCGUCCGUGUGGACCCGUACCCCAGGUCAGCAAGGACGAUCGGAACUCCGGAUGUGGAUGCACUGGAAGAGGGUUGGGUUGUACAAGCGGUGACAGGAGAUGGCCAAGGGGACGCCAUGUUGGCCAGGACUCUUAUCAAUGCUUCAGGACUCUCAAGCACCCUGAUCCUUAACGCCUUGCUUCGCGAGGAAGACCGCAUUCCCAUGUACUACGCUCGUGGUUCUUAUGCAAGCUAUCGUGGUCCGGGUGUUAGUAACGUAUCCCACCUUAUCUACCCUUGUCCUGAAACUGGGCCAAGCGUUCAUGCAUUUCAGUCGCUUGGAACGCAUCUCACUCUAGAUUUGCAAGGAAAGAUCCGGUUUGGACCUGACCUCCAGUGGAUUUCUCCACCAUCGGGAGGACUUCAUUCUCCCUCAGAGGAGGAUGUAGACUUUUGGAAUAAGGAGUUGGUGCCUGAUGAGUCCAGGCUUCCAGAGAUGCACCGCACCGUUGUUGGCUAUUUGCCUGGAGUAACCUUGGAGGGAUUGAGUCCAGAUUAUGUUGGUCUGCGGCCGAAGUUGGUACCUCCUAACGGUGGAUUCCAGGACUUUGUUUUCAGGACGGACUAUCCGACGCGAGGGAGAUUAGGAAGUCGGACUUGUCCUAUGAUUAGUUUAUUAGGCAUCGAGUCUCCAGGGCUGACAUGCAGUCUCUCAAUCGCGGAACAUGUUAUAGAAGACCUA